CCCUGGCGCCUGCGCAGUGCGCGGCGGGAAGCGGGCGCUCCGCCGCCGGAGGGCCGGCAGCGCCCGAGGUGGGGCCCGCCGGAGCGUGGCGGCCGGACAGCGCUGGCGUCCCCUACCCGCGGGAGGCGGCGGCAUGGAGGCGCUCCUGUCCCCGCUGGAAUCCGCCCGGUUCAUCGCGGGCCGCAGCCGAGACGUGUCGGUGGACGAGGAGGGUGCGAGAAAGGUGGCCGAGUCGCUGUUCGAUAAAGCGGCGGCGUUCGGCCUGUCGGGAUGGAAGGCGCUGCACGAGCUGAACCCGCGGGCCGCCAGCGAGGAGGCGGUGAGCUGGGUAUUCCUGGUGGACACCCUCAACUUCUCCUUCUGGUCCGAGAGCGACGAGCAGAAGUGCCUGGUGCGCUACAAGGGGAAGGCGUACAGCGGCUACUGGGCGCUCUGCGCUGCCGUCAACCGCGCGCUGGAUGACGGAAUACCUAUUACCAGUGCAUCAUACUAUGCCACUAUGACACUGGACCAGGUCAGACAAGUGUUUCGAUCUGACACAGAAGUGCCCAUGCCUCUGCUUGAAGAGAGGCACCAGGUGCUGAGUGAAAGCGGAACAGUUCUGCUGGAGAAGUUUGGAGGCUCUUUCCUCACCUGUGUUAAAAUGAGUGAGAACAGCGCUCAGAAACUGCUACGUCUCGUGGUGGAAAACUUCCCUUCUUACAGAGAUGAGGCUGUUUUUGAGAAAAAGAAGGUAUCUUUCUACAAACGGGCACAAAUACUUGUGGCAGAUACAUGGAGUGUAUUGGAAGGCAAGGGAGAUGGCUUUUUUGGAGACAUUUCUAGCCUGACUAUAUUUGCUGACUACAGAAUUCCUCAAGUUCUUGUUCAUUUAAAAGCCAUGAAGUAUUCCGAAGACCUAAUGAAAAAGCUACGCGAAGGAAUUGUUUUCAAGUCUGGAGACAGAGAGGAGGUGGAAAUCCGUGGUUGUUCCAUUUGGUGCUGCAUGCUAAUCUGCAAACACUUGCUGGAGCUGUAUGAGAAGAAAGGUCAAGACAUGCGUGAUCAGAUCAAUGCGGUUUUACUUGAUUACUAUCUCUGGGACUAUGCCAGGGAUCACAGGGAAGAUAUGAAAGAUAUUCCAUUUCAUCGAGUACGGUGUAUAUAUUACUAAGUCCAGCAGGAUAGCUACUGUAUUGUUGCAUUUUCUUUUCAAUUACAAUUCCUUUUUUUCAUACAAUGAUUUGUCAUAUACUAGUUUGGAACUUGCUAAAUGUAACAAAUGCUUUCUGAUGACGUUUGAAUUACUUGCUUGAUUUCUUUGAAUCAUACUGAUUGAGACUGGAGUUAAUAAUGUAAAACUGCUGGAAAAUUUGUAGUGAUACAGAUUUUAUUACUCUUGCUUUGAGGUUUCUGCAUGGCUAUAUACAUAUAUCUACAUACAUACAUUCAUAUAUAUGUACAUGUAUAGGAGAAGGUUGCUCCGAAAGUAAUGCCUCCCUUUUAUUUCCAUGGAAACCACAUUAGGUACAAAGAACACAACGCUGUUUGGUGGAGCAGAUUCUCAGCAACAAAGUACUGUUUUUCCACAUGGUUGCCACAGGUAGCUAUACAUUUUGCCAGCAAUGAACAAGAGCGUGCAUGCUGUGCCUGUAAAAAUAUGCCGCCAGGGAGGUGUCCCUCUGGCACUGUCCCCACUGCUGAAAUGCACCGCCCACCGCCUCACUGUGCCCACAUUCACUGUUUGCUCACUAGAAACGCUCAGGAAGUGUCAGCGAAUGUCAGUGGGUGCCAGUUUUUUUGCAUGGAGGAAUUCAUUUCCACCCCUUUGCUUCAUAGCACUUCCAUGUCAGAUGCCAUUGUGUCAGACUGCCCUUCUGCUGCUAUCUGUUCCAGACCAACAAAAGGUAACAGAAUAGUGGUGGGAAGGUUCAGCCUCUACUCUUGUACCACCAAUGUUCUCCUCUGAUAUCGUGAGCCAAGGUAAUAAAAUAGGAUGCGUUGCUUUUGGAGCAGCUCUGUACACAAACACAGGUGCAUACGCAGCCAGUGGUUGUCACUGAGCCCGUGCCUGCAUGUACCAACCCUACCCUGAAGUGACUUGUUCUUAUUUUUGUCCGGGGAAAACUCGCCUUAAACUGCUAAGCUUUCUUAUUCAGUGAUCAGCGCAACUUUGGUAAUAAAGCGUGCAGAGCAUUA